AUGGGAGGUUCUGAUUCGCGCGAAAUUACACACAACUGGGAGCUUCAUGAGAUAGGAGCAACCUGGGUCAUUUCAAAACCUUUUGGGUUUCCUAAUAGCAAUACUGGUACCUUUUAUAUACACACUGCUGCACGUAAUUAUUCGAGUGGUUGGGAUUGUCUGGUAAAAAUAAACAAAGUUGGAGGGAUUAAUAUUAACGCUAAAAUCGCGGUUAAGUGGAAUAAUAAACCACUUGGACCUUUGACCAUGAUAAAUUGGACUGGACUUAGUGAUGAAUUUCUUUUUGAUGGUACUCCUUGUCAACCACCUUACAAUAUUUCAUGCACAAUAAAACUUGAUGAUAGUAUUAAUGAUAAAGCAUCAGAUAAUCCUGCUCGAGAACUGGCUAAUGUGAAAGAUUUUUUUUUGUCACAGGAAUUCAGUGAUAUUACUAUAAAAGUGGGGGAUCAAGAGUUUCCAGCUCACAAAAUAGUACUGGCUUGUAAUAGCGCGGUUUUUAAGAAAAUGCUCACUACCGAAAUGAAAGAAAAACAAGAAAAUUGUAUUGACUUGAGUGAAUUUGAUGCUGAAAGUAUUAAAGAAGUACUGAGAUUUUUAUAUGGAGGAGAAAUUGAGGCAAAUGACAUUGAUUUACUUUUAAAAUUGUCAUCUUUUGCUCACAUGUAUCAAAUAAAUAGAUUGAAGGAUUAUUGUGAGUCGAAAUUAGUCAAUAAUUUUCAAGUUGAUAAUAUCGUUAAAAUAUUGGUAACAAUUGACAAUUAUGAUAUGGACAAAGUCAAAAACGAAGCGAUGGAGUUUUUAAUAAAAAAUAAAGCUACUGUUUCAUUCGACGAUGCGAUUGACAAUAUAAAAAGUUCUCAAGUAUUACGGAAGUUUUUUUCCAAUCUUACUCAAAUGAAGAAUUGA